GGUAGAAUGACACCGGCAUUGAAUGUGUGAUCCAGUGAUAUGAACACCGGACAUUGGUUAGCACGCGUUAAACUACUUCAUAUGUUGUACUGUACUGACUUUUAACAGGAAAACUCACUUGUAUCAGAUAUUCUGCAAUGUCUGCAAUACGAAAAGAUGUCCUGAGAGAUGAAAAUUUGAUCAGAAAUCUAGAGGAGAUGGCAAAAGACACCGCUCUUUUACAUGGGGUGUUGAUGCGGACCAAAGAAACUCCCAACUCUCCUGAAGUGGUGAGUUAUGCACCGUUCACAUUGUUCCCAACACCAGUGCCUUCAGCACUCUUUCAUCAGGCACUGGCAGUUCAAACACAUUUUAACCGGCUGGUGGACCUGGUCAGCCAGAAUCCCACCUUUCUAGAGGAAACUCUGGCCAGCACCAUCAAAGUUGACGAUUUUACUGCCAGACUUUUCAGCAUAUACAAACAAGUUCGACAGGAAUGUCAAUCCCAGUCAAUAGUUUUGGGACUAAAUCGUUCAGACUACAUGUUGGACCAAAAUCCAGAAGGUUGGACAUCUUUAAAGCAGAUUGAAAUCAACACUAUUGCUGCCAGUUUCGGUGGUCUUUCUUCACGGACACCAGAUGUUCAUCGGCACAUUCUGAAGGUUGCAAACCUGUUGGAGGAAUGUGAUCAAAUUCUUGACAACAACCCAGCAGAGGGUCUGGCCAGAGGUUUGGCAAAAGCUUGGGAGCUCUAUGGAUCUGAGAGGGCAGUGGUUAUGUUUCUGGUUGAGGAUGUCCAGAGAAAUAUUUAUGACCAUCGAUAUGUAGAAAAUGAGCUGUGGAAGAAAAAUAUUCCAGUUAUAAGAAGACGGUUUGAAGAUGUUUGUAGAACUGGAUCACUGGACCAGAGCAAGAGGCUCUUCGUAGAUGGGCAAGAGAUCGCCAUCGUUUACUUCCGUAAUGGAUACAUGCCCCAAAACUACACAUCAGAGCAGAGCUGGGAGGCACGGCUGAUGAUGGAGCGCUCUCUGGCUGUGAAGUGUCCAGACAUCAGCACCCAUCUUGUUGGGACUAAGAAGGUCCAGCAGGAGUUGGCUCGGCCAGGGGUUCUGGAGAGCUUAUUCCCCGAUGAACCUGAAACAGUUGCUCAGAUUCGGGCCACAUUCACUGGGCUGUACACAUUGGACUUGGGAGAAGAAGGUGAUAAAACGGUGGCAAUGGCUUUGGCCAAUCCAGAUCAAUAUGUGCUUAAGCCUCAGAGGGAAGGAGGUGGUAACAACAUUUAUGGAAAGGAGAUCUGUGAGGUACUGGAGAACAUGAAGGACUCCAGUGACAGAACAGCCUACAUCCUGAUGGACAAGAUCCAGCCUCGUCCCGAACAGAACUACCUGCUCAGACCAGGAGCUCCUCUGAGACUGAACUCCUGCCUCAGUGAACUGGGUGUGUUUGGAGCGUACGUCAGGAAAGGCAAGGACAUGGUGUUUAAUGAAUGUGUGGGCCACCUGCUGAGGACCAAGAGCUCUGAUCAUGCUGAUGGGGGAGUGGCUGCAGGUGUAGCUGUACUGGAUAACCCACUUCUGGUGUGAACUAUACCACCUCCCAGUGGACAGGAGGAGAAUUACACUGCUGAGAUCAGGGGGCUUCAUUCCCAUUACAUAACUUUUCUACCUGGUGUGAUUUGGCAUAUAUUUUCGUGUGUUUAAGUGAACAUUUACAUAUGUGCCAUUGCAAUAAUCAGACUGAACAGAAGUAGUGACUGAACAGUUUAUUUGCUGUAAAUGUAUUGUACCUCUUCCAAGGGAUAAUCUACUGCAGUUUGUCAGAAGAAUAAUAAUGUAUUAGAAAAAUUAUUAUUCUUAACAUGUUUAAUUUUCUAUUGUUUUAACAUAUUUUUAUCUGGUAAAACAUUCAUGUUAACCAACAUUCAUGUCCAAACAUAAUCCUGUGAACUAGAUUAGGAAACUGAAUCUGUGGUUGCUUUUGAUCUUAAGACAGAUGACCAAAGCUUAGAUCAAAUGAAUUAUGAAGCCUUAAUGUAAGUCAUUUAUAUGAAGUUCAGUAAAAACUUUAGAGAAGCUUUAAACUGUUAAAUUCAUGUGAAUAACUCAAUCUACUGGAAUAUCUACCAGAAAUAAUUUUAAUUAUUUUAUUUUCAUUUUAAUUAUUUUUAUAACAUAAACCUUUUGGUAUAAACAUUGUGGUAGAGACUAAAAGGGAUAGUUCACCCAAAAACCAAUUCAUAACACAAUAACAUGAUGGAUUACGUUAAAUGUAAUAUUGUAAUCAUUUUAAAAAUGUGAGCGCAUACUGUAGAUUAUUACAUUAUGAGAUAUUUGUUACAUUUUGAGCGGUCUAAAAAGAUUUUAAUGAAAAAUGUAAUUAUUUUUAAAACAAAACUAAAAACAAAAAAAAAUUCCUUAAAGGAAUACCAAAAAUCAUCAUUUACUCAACAUCAUGCCAUCCCAGAUGUGUAUGACUUUCUUCUGCUGAACACAAACAACAUUUUUUAGAAGAAUAUCUCAUCUCAGUAGGUCCUUUCGAUGCAAGUGAAUGGUGACCAGAAAUGUGAAGCUCCAGAAUGCACAUAAAGGCAGCAUAUAAAUAACCCAAUCCAGACCAAAAUAAAUCUACUUUUUCACUGUACAUCUUGUCAUCGCAGUCUCUAGACACAAUCAUGAUAUCAAGCUCGAUUACACUUCCUAAUGCUUGACACAUGCGCAGAGAGCUAGAUGGUGCUAGGAAGUGUAAUCGAGCUUGAAAUCAUGAUCUCCAAGAAGACUGCAGAUGUCAAGAAUUUUAGUGAAAAGGGGGUUGCAUUUUGGCCUUUUCUCUCCCAAAACCAAUUGGAAUGCUUGAGAUGAUGUGGAUUUAACCACUGGAGUCUAAUGGGUUACUUUUAUGCUGCCUUUAUGGAGCUUCAAAUUUUUGGUGACAUACACUUGCAUUAUUAAUUAUGGCCUAAUACAUUUCUAUUAAUGUCAUAACCUAAUUUGCCAACUAUUAUUAGGUUUUAUGCUCAUGACAAUGUUAAGAGAAAAUGAUUAUAUUAUACCGUAUACAAUAAUUUCACUUAAACAUUACGUACUGUGAUUACAU